AUGGUGAUGGAGGAUAUAGGGUUGUUCAAUCAAGUUUGGCAAUGGCUUAGGUUGCGGAAAGAUGCUUGUUGGCGUGCUCGAACUGUGGUAGUGUGUUGUAGAGACAGAGCCACGAUGUUUAUGGAAAGACAUUGGCCUACGGUGUGUAAGGGUUGCUCAAUGUUGGGGAGCUUACUUACAUUAUCGUUGAUUUUUUGGAAGGAUUCUGCUCUAAGGGGGUUUCAGUCGUUCAUUAGGUUUGGUUCGGUGAUGCUCUUGCUUAUAAUGUGGAGCUGUUUUCUUAGUCUGACUUCGAUGUACUGCUUGGUUUACGUGCUUGUGAGUAUGGUUACUGCUGGCGUUGCGAUCCAAUACUUGGGUUAUACUCCUGGGCUUUUUAUCGUAGGGCUUUUCGCUAUCCUUAUUUUGUGGAUGUAUGCUAACUUCUGGAUAACAGGAUUGUUACUCAUAGUUGGAGGUUAUUUGUUCUCCCUAAAUCAUGCACGAUUGGUGGUAUUAAUUGGAACCGCAUAUGCUAUGUAUUCUGUUCAAGUAAAAGUUGGAUGGCUGGGUGUCAUCCUUGCCAUAAACCUUGCAUUUCUUUCAAAUGACAUUUUGAAUUUUCUGCUCCAAUUGUUUGACAACGUGAGUGAAAGUCCGCAUUCUGAAGAGCAGAAGCAACCAGAACCAGUUUCGGAAGCUGACUUUGCUGAAGCAUGUGAAUUUCCUAUCCCACCGGUUGAACCUGAGAAUUUGCAGUCGUGCAAAUCAUCCAGUAAACCAUCUGCUGUCACCACAUCAGUUGUUGAUAAGCAGAAAGAACUUUUGGUCAAUAAAGUUGUUAGAGAGCAAACAAAUUCAGUUGAUGAAAUGAGAAGGAUAUUGAAGAGUCUGAAUCAUUAUGAAGCCCUUGGAUUUAACCGCCACAAAAAGAUCGAUGCAGCAGUUUUGAAAAAGGAAUACCGGAAAAAGGCUAUGCUCGUGCAUCCUGAUAAAAACAUGGGCAGUUCUAUGUCAAGCGAGUCAUUUAAGAAGCUUCAAUGUGCGUACGAGGUUCUUGCUGACUCUGUGAAGAAGCGAGACUAUGAUGAACAAUUAAGAAAAGAAGAAACCAUGGCUAAAAGUGUCUGCCAGAAAUCCCACAGUAGUUCACAUCAGGAUAAUGCCGAAUAUCGUUCUGAAGAAUCCAGGCGGAUACAGUGCACGAAGUGUGGGAAUUCACAUGUUUGGGUGUGCACUAACAGGAGUAAGGCCAAAGCAAGAUGGUGUCAGGACUGCUGUCAGUUUCAUCAAGCGAAGGACGGCGAUGGGUGGGUCGAAUAUAAGGGGUCUUUAGUUUUUGACAGGCCUCAAAAAGUGGAAAUCCCGCGUGCUUUCGUUUGUGCGGAGAGCAAAAUAUUUGACGUAUCGGAAUGGGCUAUAUGUCAGGGAAUGGCUUGCAGGCCUAACACUCAUCGACCAAGCUUUCAUGUAAACAUGGUUGGUUUAGAGAAAAGCCAACGUUGCAACUCAAGUAGAUUCCCAUGGGAUUUGGACGCUGAAAUGAUGAUGGACGAAGACGAAGAGGCAUUUGACCUGUGGCUUCAGCAGGCUUUAGCAUCCGGUCUCUUUUGCGAGUCUUCCAAACGCAGGAAGAGUUGGAGUCCAUUCAAAUUGCCUCAAAAGAAAGGGAAAAAACAAUGGCGAAGAACUUCGUGCUGA